AUGGGCGACAUAGUGGUGGAGCUUCUGCCCGCGCCCGCGCCCAAAACGGUAAACAAUUUCGUGUUUCUGUCCGAGGAAGGGUUUUACGACGGGACCAUUUUCCACCGGGUCAUCCCGGACUUCAUGGUUCAAGGCGGAGACCCGACCGGAACGGGUACGUCCGGACCUGGAUAUUCCUUCGAGGACGAGUUCGCCCCGAUGUUCAUUUUUGACCGUCCGGGAAUUCUGGCCAUGGCCAACGCCGGGCCCAACACCAACGGCAGCCAGUUCUUCAUUACCACCGUCCCGACUCCCCACCUGAAUCGCGCUCACACCAUCUUCGGCAGGGUGGUCGAGGGCCAGUAUCGGGCCGAGGCAAUUUCUCGCGUUCCCGCCGGACCCGCAAACCGGCCUAUAGAGCCGGUUUAUAUCCUGACGAUUGACAUUGACUGA